UACGUGAUGCAUACAUGCAAUUUAUUCUCAAGAUAAAAUUUCACUAAAUUAACAAGUACCGUAUGCAAUUUUCACAAACGUGAGGAAUAUAUUAUUAUAAGAACUGAACAGCAAAAAUGUCGAGGUACAUAAAUACGUACUUAAUAAUGUGUGUCCUGGUUCCACUGUAUUCAUGUUUUCUCGAAAACCCAGGUUCCUCGCCACCAGUGACCGCCACGACCACGUCAUAUCAGGGAUACGACGGCCACUGCACGUGCAACGUGAAUGUCCGUGAUGUUCCAACAUCCUCGUUAUUUCCGUCGUCUACGUCAUCGGCAACGUGCACACCAGACGAAGCAAUGAAAUUAAAACUGCAACAGCUAGAAGCAAUAGUGAAUAACAAAAUUCAAGACAUUUUGACCGACAACUCAGCGUUAAAGCAGCAAGUAGCCGCGCUUCAGCAACAAGUAACGCAAGUACAAGGAAUUUCGUCGGAACUCCAGUGCGCACGUGCGACGGCGGUGUCGAUUGGAAAUGACGUCACAAAUCUGUUGAACCACGUCCUUAUAAGUAAUUCGACAAUCCAACAGCGACAUUGCAUUCCUGUCAUAAUGUUCUCCGUUAAUGGAUCAAACACGUCCCUACCAAGAGACUGCCUAGAAGUCUACGCUAGGAACCAUACCCGCCCAGGUUUGUAUGAGGUCCAGCCUGACCAGUCUCCCGUGACCUUUAAGGCCUGGUGUGAGGACGGCUGGACAGUCCUUCAGAGACACAUUGAUAACAGCGUAGAUUUUGCUUCAAAAUACUGGGACGACUAUCUGAUGGGCUUUAGCGACCCCAGAAACAGUAACUUCUGGCUGGGACUUGAACAUAUGCAUUAUAUAUCAGCCCAGAAUAAUUACACACUACGUAUCAACAUGACUGGAUAUACAGGGAAGCAGUACUGGGCCCAGUAUGAAGACUUCACAGUGGAUUCGGAGGUCAACAACUUCAGUCUUACUGUUUCAAAUUAUACAGGCAAUUACAAAGACGGUUUUGCGAAUUCUACCGGCGACUUUGAAACGGGUGACCAUGGUCACAGUAAUUGUAUUGACAAGACAUCGGGAGGAUGGUGGGUGGUAAGAUGCGUUCCCUUCGACACGAACCUUAACAAUAUGAUACCAAUGACAUCGCAGCAAACCCGGAUCUGUCUACGAUGGGCCGGAAGAUGCAUGUCAUCGUCAGUUAUGAAGAUCAUACCUACAUCUUCUCUGUCGUAUUUAUAGAGCUAUCAGAAUAAAUAUCCAUGGCUCCUGCUAAA